CCCAGUACUCUGCUCUCUCUCGGUAUCUCCUCCCCUAUAUGGCUAGCGCAAGAUCAGCAGCAACCAGACUCACACGCUCCUCACUACUCCAACUGUCUCGCGCCGCCGUAGCGCCGCCGAGCCACCAUCCCAAUCUCCCUUACUCCCCGCGAGAGUAUUCAAGAAUGGCUGGUUCAGUUGGAAGCAAUGGCUGUAGUGCUGUUACACGUGUGCUAUUCUGUGGCCCUUAUUGGCCUGCUUCUACUAUGUAUACAAAGGAGUAUUUGCAAAAUUACCCAUUUAUUCAGGUUGAUGAAUUAGGUCUUGAGCAGGUACCCGAUGUCAUUCACAACUACCAUAUAUGUGUAGUGAAAAAUAAACGUAUAGAUUCAGAUAUCAUAGCCAAGGCAACUAAAAUGAAGAUUAUUAUGCAGUAUGGUGUUGGUUUAGAAGGUGUUGAUAUAAAUGCUGCUACAAAACAAAAAAUCAAAGUUGCACGGAUACCUGGGAGUACGACAGGAAAUGCAAUCGCUUGCGCAGAAAUGGCCAUCUAUCUAACUCUAGGUGUUCUGCGAAAGCAAAAGGAAAUGGACACUGCUGUCAUUCAGAAGGACUUGGGCCUUCCAGUUGGAGAAACAAUAUUCGGGAAAACAAUCCUCAUCCUAGGGUUUGGAGCCAUUGGCUUGGAAGUUGCCAAGAGACUAAAACCAUUUGGAGUAAAAGUUCUCGCUACAAAAAGAAAUUGGUCAUCAAAUACAGUGCCUUGUGAUCUUGAUGGGCUGGUUGACAAGAAAGGUGGUCCAGAAGAUAUGUACGAAUUUGCUCGGGAAGCUGACAUAGUUAUAACUUGCAUGACCUUAAACAAUGAAUCAGUUGGAAUAGUGGAUCACAAGUUCAUCUCAGCUUUGAAAAAGGGAUCAUAUCUCAUCAAUAUAGCUAGAGGAGGCCUAUUGGACUACGAGGCUGUGUUCGUUCACCUUAAAUCAGGUCAUUUAGGUGGUUUGGGCGUUGAUGUUGCUUGGACGGAGCCAUUCGAUCCAGAGGAUCCAAUUCUGAAACUCCCAAAUGUUAUUAUGACACCACAUGUUGCAGGAAUCACGGAGUACUCUUACAGAACAAUGGCAAAGGUUGUUGGUGACGUUGCCCUCAAGCUUCAUGCGGGGGAGCCAUUCACCGAAAUAGAAUUUGUAAACUAGGCGAAGUCAGUAGAUGGGGCAUUGUUGAUUUAUUUUAGGCGGAUAAUUAGAACUAGAAUUGUCAAAUAAAAUUGCUGUUAUUGGUAUAUAAAUUGCUGGAGAAUCAUAGAAAUUCAACCAGUUUGGUUAUGCAAAACAUUGUUGCCUACUCGAAA